GCUCUCCCGAGUGUUAUCUUGGCUGCGGAGAAGUAGGCACGGCGAUCGACGUAUGGUCUUUCGGCGAGAUCGUGCAUGAGAUACUGACUGGUGAGCGGCUGUUAAAUUGGAAUCCAUUAGAGUGGAUGAGCAGCACAAAGAACGCUGGUCUAGUGCGGAAACCGCAUCCGCAGAGACUGGACAAAGAAUGGCAGAAGGAGACGUUUGAGACGCGCAAUGGUGCAGUUUGCAACCCUUCAAUCGAGUUUUGCGCGAUGCACUUGUUCGAGACACAGUGUGAGCUGGGUGCCAUGCCGCUGACCCUCAUCGAUCGGGCCGUUGCGGUCGAGAGCAAGCACGUGCGAGAACUCUUUGGUCGUAAUGCGAGAGAACAGAAGUUCCGCCUCACUUCGCAAUAUCACUUAGACAUUCCAAAACGCUUGUACGAGGUCACUUUUGAGCGAUUCUCCACUGCCUUUUUCGAGCAAACCCGACGAGAACGGAAUCGCAGCAGCUGUGGCAGACUGUUGUGGUCGCCACUCUUAGAGGAAUGCGGUCCACAUACCCCAUCCUGCUUUCCUGAAGAGGACGGAGAACAAGAUGAAGAUGAAGAUGAAGAGAUGAGGCCAUUUUCUGGUGAAGUAGAUCAGAAGUCAGUAAAGGACAUGGAGAAACAUCGUGGUGAACAAGACCAACAAGAUGAUCAUGAUGAACAGAAGAACAGGGAGAAAACUUCAAGAACAGCUGCUCGACUCAUGGCUCCUGGCAAUGUGAACCCAAGGGAGGCUCUUCUUGACCUUCAGGAGAAGUCAGACCUUGGGACCUCCUCUUCUAAGACAGCACAAUCUUCUUCGUCCUCCUCCCAUCGUUCUCCUCGGUCUCCACUGGCGCUUGAGGGUCUAGCAUCACCCAUGAAGAGCGAUGUCGAGCCGGCUAGAAGCACUGGUGGCAAGAAUUAUCCGGGCAAGACGAGUCAACAGGAGCGACGUGGUGGAAGUGGACUAGGACGUCCUUCGUCGAACAAAGGGAAAGUUGCAACAGCGGAAUCGCUGAUCCAGCGUGCGCGAAAACGUGCGGAGAGAGCGGAAUCAUUGAUUCUAGCAGCCCUUACCUAUGACCCAGAAAAGCGUAUCGCAAUGAACGAUGUUUUGCGUCACCCAUUUUUUGAAGAUGAGGAUACGACGUGGUUGAAAUCAUGCCUCGUACCCUUCGGAGGUAUGGAUGGUCAUGAUAAUAUCAACAUGAUGGAAGACGAAGAAUCUGUCGACGAAGAGCUUUUCAUCAGUACUACUUGAGCUUAGUUUACUCGAAUUCUGAAAAUGUCCGAGUUAUUGACUGAAAUAAGGGAGGUAGCUUUGACAGGGUUACUCGGCCUUGUUCAGUAUCUCGCUUAUUUUAAGUAGUUACGCGCUUAUUUCAGGUUAUCGAAAUCGAAUAGAUUUAUCUGAGUAAAAUUUCUAGAAAGCAGGGAGGAGUAUCAUUUACAAGCUGCUGCUAUGGGUCUGGGAUAAUAGAAUAGCCUAAAGCAUUAUGUUCAUGGAACAACGCAAAUCCUACACGUCUAGACUUCGUAGUAUGAUAACAUUUAUAUUUUCAUAUGGAAGUUACAGUUAGAGUUACGGGUCGUAAGCUUAACAACGUCGUGAUCCUCGCAUAAUUUGAUUGUUCUUAUCGGCAUCACGACAUUUCAGUUUUGGUUGGUACAACUAUUAUUUGCAUACUUAAUCUAACCUAGCCAACAUUUUUACCAUUACCAUUUUUGUACAGAUGAAGCAAGAUGAACAACGAACAUUACCCUACCUGAGCAUAAUCAUUCGUCGAAAGUUAUGUACUAUUCCUAUAAUUGCAACAUCAUGAUCAGUUGUAACUGUAAUGCCUCAACAACAUAGCUAAUGACUUUAGUCAUGAUUACGAUUAUAGGCUCUGUCUUUAUUGUAAUUAUUGUGUUUUUAUUCGGAGCAUUGAUUGAUUGAUUAGGAUUACAGUCUUGAUGUCUUUACUGUACUUCUCCUUCUCGCAUUAGUGGUCGUUGUAGAGGUCGUACUGACAUUAUCAGCACAUCACAAGUUGAAGUUACUUAGCCGAUCAACAUGGUUGUACUCUUUAAUGCACUUUUUUUCGUACUACUACCGAGGAAAAUAGAAGUACCCUCAAGAAUAUAAUGGAAAAAUACCUAUCGAAGUCCUUCGUCUACUUCACAUCAGGACAUAACGAAUUGAUAAUGAAUCAUAUCGAAGAUCCUAUUUGUUUUCCUGUACAGAAGCAGAACUGACAUUCACUCUUCACCGUUUUAUCCUAUGGAUUCUGCCUCAUUUCAAAGUUUACGUUCUACCCUACUUGAAAUUCAAGUCUUGAAUUUGUAAUUCUUGUAACUACUAAAUCAUAUGGUCGUGCUCCUGCAAUGAUCUACUACGCAGCCCUAGUAAGGACCAUAAGCCUAGGUCAGAAUGACUCCCAACAUUCCCGCUGUUUGCAAUCGAUGGCAAGGUCUUCCUAGAAAUGAUGAAACUUCUAACUAGUAGAAACGGGUCAAACUGUGGACGGCGAGCCAACUCCUAC